UAAGUUGUAUUGAGACAUACAGAAAGUUUACAUUUUUUCUGUUUAUUUAUAGGUAGCGCUUCAUAAUGGGAAAGGACGAGAAAAGAGGGACGAUCGUCCUGGACAAUUUUAAUUCCACGGCAAAUUUAGCGGCGAACCCAGGUUUCCAGUCUACGCUAAGUCUUGGAUCUAAAGAAGUCAUCAAUGAAAAGGAGUACAAACCGUUCGAGCACCGAAACGUGCCACAUCCGAAUUCGACUGUAGGCUCUCUGGUGCAUCUGCUGAAGUCGUCCCUGGGCUCAGGCAUCCUGGCGAUGCCGGCCGCCUUCAAAAACGCAGGCCUGGCGUUCGGAGCGAUCGGUACCAUCAUCGUUGGAUUUAUAUGCACUCAUUGCGUGUAUAUUCUGGUGAAAACCUCUCAAGAAGUAUGCGUGGACGCAAAGAAACCAUCCAUGGGAUUCGCGGAGACGUGCGGGGCAGCGUUCGAGUUUGGCCCCAAGAAGCUGAGGCCUUGGGCUAACUUCGCCAGGACACUAACAGAUUAUGCGUUGACGUGUACAUAUUUGGCCGCUCUCUGCGUCUACAUUGUGUUCAUUGCUGAGAACUUUAAGGAGGUCUUAGACGAAUACUGGCCGGAGUACAAGUUGUCUGUCGAAACUUACUGUGCGUUGACGCUGGUGCCACUCGUCCUGAUCUGCCAAAUAAGAAACCUCAAAUGGCUGGUGCCGUUUUCUGCCAUCGCUAACGUCCUCCUCGUAGUGUGCUUCGGCAUCACCAUGUAUUACAUCUUUACUGAUUUACCAAAUCCUACAGAGAGGGAUAUGGUCGCCAAAGUUACACAAUGGCCUCUGUUCAUGAGCACAGUUAUAUUUGCGAUGGAAGGCAUUGGCGUCGUGAUGCCCGUCGAGAAUGACAUGGCGAAACCGCAGCACUUCUUAGGGUGUCCUGGCGUGCUGAACGUCGCAAUGACAAUUGUGAUCUCCCUGUACGGUUUGGUCGGAUUCUUUGGCUACAUGAAAUACGGAGACGAUGUUAGAGGCAGUGUCACUUUAAAUUUACCUCAGGAUGAAAUUCUUGCCCAAAGUGCUAAAAUUCUUAUGGCACUUGCGAUCCUUUUCACGUACAGUCUUCAGUUCUACGUACCCAUGGAGAUGAUUUGGAGGAAGUUGGAGAACAGAAUCUCGGUGCGAUAUCAUGACUUGACCCAGAUCAGUAUCAGGACAUUAGCCGUUGUUGGUUCAGUUGCCCUUGCCGCCGCAUUCCCGGACUUAGAGUUGUUCAUCAGCUUGAGUGGCGCCAUCUUUCUGUCUACCCUCGGCUUGCUGACUCCAGCCAUCGUUGACACCGUCCACAACUGGGACAGAGGGCUCGGUUUCCUCCGCUGGAAACUGUGGAAGAAUCUCUUCAUCGGAAUCAUGGCCCUUGUUGCCCUUUUUGCCGGCUCUUACGUCUCCAUCAGAGGAAUGCUCGAAAAGUUCGGCGAAAGCCACAACGAAAUUUCCAACACAACUUCCAGUAUGAUCAACGACACUCUUGUUUAAUUUCCAUCUUCAUUCGUCAGAUGUCCGCCUCGUAAGGUUAUGUUAAGAUUAGUGUAUAGUGAAACUGAGAUGUAAGAUAUUUUGUCAUUAUUUUUUGUAUUAUAAUGUGAAUUGUAUAUAGAACUAUCACACUGUUGUUCGUGUUAUAGCUUAAAUUAUAUUUUUGACAAGUUUUGAUAUUUAUUAAUCGUAACGCCUUCCAGUUUGUAAGAUUUAGAAAUUGUUUUUAGAUGUAAGUUUUUAUUAAUGUAGGUAAGUAGGCAUUUCAAUUGUGACAAAUAAGAAAUGACAAAAUCUAAACAUGAUAAGUAACUUUUUACAUAUAUAACUAUCUAAAAAAUGCUGGUGUGAAAAACUAAGCGUGAGUUGGUCUACUAUAACGUUAACUGACACAUGUCAAAUCAUUCUAAAGUCUUAGUAAAAUUUGACUUUAACUAGCUCUGUGAUGCAACUCACACUUAUUUUAUUCGUCGGUAAAAUCACCGGUCUUACCUUUCUCUAACGUUUGAAAUAGUUACCAUAGCAACUAGUAUAAUAUGAAUUUUAAGCACACGUAUAUGUUAUGAAGUCCAUCUUUGGAUCAAAUAGCUAUGUAAGUAAGCAUUAUAUUACACAAAUAUAUAUUUCUAUUUACUCUUGAGCCAAAUGAACACAAAUAUUCUUGAACACUCACUGACAUUGUGUUUGCGAAUAAGUUUUAUUGUAUGAAGGUAAAUUACUUAUAUUGUCCGAUUUCUAAGUAGUUAGGAUAAUUCUGAUAUAUUAAUUUACGCUCUACUCGUAAGCAGAAUUAAAAUGAAGUAACAAAGUCAAUUUUCUUGGUAAAGAAACUGUCAUGCUGUCCUUCGAUCGGGUCAAUGUAUGAAAACAAAACCCCUCAUUUCUACACCUUUCUAGAGCUUGCAUGGUAAGCCAACCCAGAAUCAUUAAAUCGAUCAAUAUAUGAAGUUACACAAUUAGAGAUGGCAUAAUUUCUUCUUUUAUCAUUAUAGUUACUUAGCUAUUGUAUUCAUCAUAACAAGCCUACUAAUGAUAUAGGGAGAUUGGGCCAUGACCCGGCACGCACGCCCAGUGCGGAUUGGUAGGUGCUAACGACUGCAGAUGCAGCCGGGACCAAUGGCUUAGCGUGUCUUCCGAAGCACGAAGGAGCUUAAGAUGCGAAUGCAUUAUCUAUAUACCCGACUACGGCAAAGCCAAAAGGAAGGGUUAUGAUUUAAGGAGCCUAUGUAUGUAUUUUACACUGUAAAUGUUGAACUACUCCCUUAUUAAUAAACGAGGAAUAAGCUUAGACUAGUUACGCCGUGUUUUGUUCAUAUCGCUCAAGUGUCAUUUGUAAUUCAAUGAACAGAGACAAAACAAAGAGUAACUAAUCCAAGCUUAUUCUUCGUUUACUAAUAAGGUGGCUAAAGGACACCAGGCAUUUUGUGCCAAAGUUGUAUACUUUUUUAAUUUUUUUAUCUGUGUUUCAUAAUUGGGUAACGUAGUCUGGCAAUAUUUGUCAUCAGCAGCUAGCUGUCAAUGUCAAAUACGUAGGUUUGUCAUCAAAAGGGUUUCUAUAUAAAAAAAUAUUAAUCAUUCAAUAACUUCUUUCCACGAUUCGCUAAAAAUAAGGCAAAAGUAGUUUUAUGUAGCAAAUAAUUUUGGCUUUAUUUUGAGACCAAAUUCAACUGUAUACAAGUUUAGCAUUUUUUCUAUGAAAAGUGCCGGGUCUCCUUUAAUGUACAAUAUCAGUGUGUUCAGUAUCAAUUUAUUUGUAAUCAUGGUCCAGGUAAUGAUAUGAUAAGAAAUAAAAAAAAAUAAAAAAAAAUAAACCGAC